AACGGUCGAGAUCACAACAUGGUGUACUAUGAAAGUCGAGCUUUAAAAGAAGAGAUGAUAUUUUGAUUCUUCUCCUAAACUCCGACGGCUUUAAAAAAAUAAAAGAAAAAACACUCCUUCAAACACAUGUGUACUGUGUAUCAUGCGCCGUGGACGAAAUCGCUACUCUCAACCUGCAGAGACCCAAAAUCGGUCGCACAAAUCCACGCCCUGAUGCUCAUAACUGGAAUUCUUAAUCACAUAGAUUCCAACGGUCAUCUCAUAUCAUCUUAUGCAAGAUCAGGUGAUAUCCCUGCCGCCCGGCAAGUGUUCGAUGAAACGCCUCAAAGAACUACACCCACAUGCAAUGCCAUGAUAAUUGCAUAUUCCCGUCGGAGUUUCCCUUCCGAAGUCCUCACCCUGUAUCGUCGUAUGCUUCUAGAAGGACCCCGGCCCGACAGCUCGACUUUCACCCUCGCACUCAAGGCAUGCGCCACCCUGUUCAAUCUGAAAGCAGGUGAAGAAAUUCGACGUCAAGCAGCUGAUUGUGGAUACAAGGAUGAUGUCUUUGUUGGGUCUUCGGUUUUGAAUAUGUACGUGAAGUGUGGAAAGAUGAAUGAAGCGAUGAGAGUGUUUGAUGAAAUGCCUAGGAGAGAUCUUGUUUCUUGGACGACGAUGAUUACGGGUUUUGCUCAGAGUGGGCGGGUGAUUGAGGCAGUGGGGGUUUAUCGGAGGAUGCGGUUGGAGGGGAUUGAAGGAGAUGGGAUUGUGAUGGUGGGUUUGAUACAAGCAUGCGCUGGUCUUGGGGAUUUGAAGAUGGCCCUUUCUGUUCAUGGGUAUAUGAUUAGACAGGAACAUCCAAUGGAAGUUGUUGUCAAAACGAGCAUUGUUGAUAUGUAUGCGAAGAACGGGCUGUUGAAGCUCGCUUGUCGAGUAUUUGAGAAGAUGUCUUCUAGGAAUGUGGUUUCGUGGAGUGCAUUGAUUUCAGGCUUUGCCCAAAAUGGUUUCGCAGCGGAUGCACUUAGGUUGUUGAUUGAGAUGCAGGAUCGUGGAUUCGAACCGGAUUUGGUAGCACUUGUGAGUGCACUUUUGGCGUGUUCCCAAAUUGGGUAUUUGAAAUUUGGUAAAUCCAUGCAUGGGUUCAUCGUGAGACGGUACGAAUUUGAUAGGAUUUCAGGUACUGCAGUCAUUGACAUGUACUCAAAAUGUGGGAGCUUGUCAAGUGCGCGUGCCCUUUUUGAUCGGGUGAGUUCAAGAGACUCAAUCUCAUGGAAUGCAAUGAUAACUAGCUAUGGAGUCCAUGGCCAUGGAAAGGAAGCUCUUUUGCUUUUCAUUCAAAUGAAGUCGCUGAUGAAACCCGAUGAUGCAACCUUCGCUUCACUUCUAUCAGCAUUUAGCCAUUCAGGUCUAGUCAAAGAAGGCCUGUAUUGGUUUGAUCUGAUGGUUAGAGAAUUCAAUAUCCAACCAAGCGAGAAGCAUUACGCUUGCAUGGUGGAUCUUUUAGCUCGUGCAGGACAAAUCGACGAAGCUUAUGAGCUAAUAAAAUCUAUGGCGAUCGAACCAGGGAUUGCAGUUUGGGUCGCACUACUUUCAGGAUGUCGUAAUCAUGGGAACUCGAGUAUCGGAGAGACUGUGGCAAAGAAGGUUCUUGAGCUGAAACCGGAUGAUCCGGGGAUUUAUGCAUUGGUUUCGAAUGUUUUUGCCACUGCAAGAAAAUGGGAUGAAGUUGCUCAUGUGAGGAAGGUGAUGAAGAAGAUGGGAAUGAAGAAGCUACCUGGUUAUAGUGUCGUUGAAGUGAAUGGAGAGCUCCAUGCAUUUCUAAUGGAGGAUAAGAGCCACCCUCAACACGAGAAGAUAAUGGCGAUGCUGGAGAGGUUAGAUUUCGAAAUGCGGGAAAUGGGUUAUGUUCCAAACACUGAAUUUGUGUUGCAUGAUCUUGAAGAAGAAGUGAAGAAGACAAUGUUGUGUAAUCACAGUGAGAGAUUGGCCAUUGCUUUUGCAUUGUUGAAUACAGGCCCAGGAACUCGGAUCCUCAUUACUAAGAACCUUAGGGUGUGUGGGGACUGCCAUAAUGCGACUAAGUUCAUUUCGAAGAUUGUUGAUAGAGAGAUUGUUGUGAGGGAUGCAAAGCGAUUUCAUCAUUUCAAGGACGGCGUUUGCUCAUGUGGAGAUUACUGGUGAAAAAAGCCGGGGGCAAUGAGAUUGGCAGUGAACCACUAGACAAGGGAAGACCGAGCACAUCUGGGUUUUCACUCGAAGAAUGGGCUGGCAAGUUGGGUGUAUUGGAUGUAUAUGUAUAGGUUGUUGUCCGCUGCCUUCUGACCAAGCUUGAUUUUUGGCUGAGUCGUCCACACGACAGGUCCCACCUGAUAUGCAGCUCAGCUACCACGAACAUGUGCCUGGUUAGAUCGGGAUCUGUCUUUGGGUAGAAAUGCAUCUCACUGGACUACUGAACUUCCUGAUUUGGGCUGGAUCAUGUGCAGAAUGGGUCCCACUAAUACAUGGCUUGGAUGUCCUAAACAUGUGCCCAGUCUGAUUAGCAGAUGCAUCAGUGUUUGGAGGUGCAUGUGCGGGCCUGCAAAAUUCCUUCAAGCGUUCAAAAGAAAGUAAAAGGAGAGAUGGCAUCUGGAUUGAGUUCGUAGCUCAAUUUCAACACCAUGCAAGUCCCCACAACUGCCGAAAUGAAGAAGUCGGAGGGCUUCUUAGUGGAUUCAAAUUAUAAAGGGGAAAAAAACCAAUCCGGGGGAAUCAUGAGCAGAAAACUGAUUGAAUGCAUCCAGUGUGAGCAUAUCUGUAACUCAACAUGGGGCAUUUUGGGGAUUGGAAGACGUGUUAUGCCACAUCGAUAACUUCUCACAUGCCCUACAUUUUGCCGAAAGGAUUAUGAUCCCUUUCCUGGUAAAAGAUUAGCAAAGAAUGAAAAAUGGCGAUGUGCGAUAUCUGACAAAGGAUGCAGAAGACAUUUCACAUCUGUGAGAUGAUGAGAUGCUGAUUUACAAAGCUAGGAGGAAAACUAUGUCGAGCUAAUGAUGGCAUGAUAACAGGUUCAACCAUAGUUCCACAACUUGUUGACUCAACUUGAUACUUAGCUGAGUCAACUUGAUUCAGUGAGAUUUUGAGCAUGACUCAGUCCAGAUUCGCCAAGACUAGCUGAGUUGGAUCAAUAACUCGGCUGACUCGGUAUAACUCGGCGUGACUCGAACCGAGUCAAGUGCCCUGUCAACUUCCGAGUGCUGUUAAAGUGCAAAAAGUUACCUGUGAGAGCUGGACACAACCUCAUUGAGACAUGAGCAAAUGCAUUACCAGCAGGCUACAAGCAUUUGUUUUGCUUAUUUAACAUGUGAAUCAGUUUUAACAACUUAAAAUAUUCUUCAUAUUAUUUAUUUAUUUAUUUCAACUCCAGUCUUUGAGUUGACCCGACCCAAAUGGACGUCGAGGUGAGUUUUUGGGUUUUGAACUAUGGUUCCGGCGCUCUCUCCUUGUGGAAGGUUAUCGAAAUGGCACAAGAUUUGACAUGAGGUUAGAAGACACCUUUGGUUGUGACAGCGAAAAAUUGAGUUCUUCAGUUAUUUACACAUUGGAGGAGUCCUUAGAGAUGAUAACCAGGAUAUCUAAAUGGAUUUUUCUUAGUCCCAUUGGUUGCAGAAGCUGCAAUUAGAGACCGGGUGAGGAAAUUUUCUUCUUUUCCUGACAAUUUGAUAAUAGAAGGAAACUCUAAAAUGUUAUGGUUUUCCAACAUUCCGACAAGUUUAUGCAUUUGUAGAACAACAGUCCCUUUUGCCUGUAAGUAGGCGUUUCGGAACAAGAUGGAUUGCUUACUUCUUUGUAUGAGAUUGCAGGUAGUAGUGAUUCUGCAAUGCUCAUGAACCCAUUUAACAUCUCAAUCUCAGUUUAUGAGAUCCGGCCAUGAUUGAACAUAAAAUAGCUGUUCUGCACAUUUUAAAGAAAGAAAACAAAGUAGGUUCUUCUGUGAAAUUUAGAGGGUUUUUUUUUUUCUCUUCUUUUCUUUUCUUUUUCAUGUUGUUUUGGUGGCUCUAGUGUCAUCACAUUCCAAUAGAAGAUUUAGAGACCUUCAGAGCAUUCGAGAUCCUGUCAGCUGCAGGUGGUUUGUGUAUGUGAUGAGCAGGCUUUUCCAAGAACAGUCAUCGUCCUGGUAGUUCUCUUUAGUUCUAAGGAACUCUUCUAAACCAUCCUCCACCACCCUUUUCAUGCUGUCUUGUGGCACCUGGAUAUCAGUUCUCCAUAAUCUGUGUUACCUGUCCUGGUGAGAAUUAGGUACAUUUUUGCAAUGUUCAAACCCCAUCUUGCAAUGUUCAAACCCCAUUGAACAAACAGGUACCUAUUAAUCACAUGAAAAG